UGUUGCAGUGCAAAGCAUCCAUGUAUGAAGAAUUGACCAUAGUGUUGCAGAAAAACAAAAUCUUUCUGUUAUAUUCGAACACCCUUUUGAAAAAAGAACGAGAUGUGUGCCCUAACACGCAGCGAUUUGCAGAGGAUUUUUGAGAAAGUGGACGUGAAUGGAGACGGGUUUUUGAGCCUGGAGGAGCUGAAAAUGGUGCUGGAGAAGACGGGUUUCAAGUACAGUGUGGAGGAGUUGGAGUGUCUGGUGGGAAAGAAGAGGCUUGAGUUGAGUGAGUUCUUGGUGUUUUAUGAAUGUAUGGUGAAGCAGAAGAAUGGGGAAGAAGAAGGGGGUGAUGAGAUUGAGGAUGUGGAGAGAGACCUUGUGAAGACUUUCAAGGUGUUUGAUUUGGAUGGAGAUGGGUUCAUCACAAGCCAAGAACUUGAGUGUGUGUUGAAGAGGCUUGGCAUGUGGGAUGAAAGGUGUGGGAAGGAUAGCACAUCCAUGAUUUGCUCCUAUGACACUAAUUUUGAUGGCAAACUUGAUUUUCAGGAAUUCAAGGACAUGAUGCUUCUAACAAAUUCUUGAUAUAGUGUAGUUUUGUACUGAGUUUUACACUUUCACUUCUAAGGGUCUUGGUCAUUUUUUUUCUGGCCUUAAAUUUUGUGGCUUGUUGUAAAUUCUGUGUUAGUCACAAUAACCAAUCUCUUGGUAUGGCAUACAAAAGUUAUGUAAUUGAGUUCGUAGAUUAAAAGUGUACAAGUGAGCUUCAGUAGUUGUUUGAGCUUAGUAUAUAACAGAUCAACUUUCAUGUA